UUUAUCUGACACGCCUCUUUACUCCCUAACCUCACUAUUCCAAUGACAUUGCGGCAAGACAACACGAUAAAAAAUUAGAAUUAUGGAUUUUUACAAAAUUAAAUUUAAUCCCACUGCUCAUAAAAAAUACCUCUUGAGGAUCCUACGUGGAUUACCACCUUCCUUAUCAUCCAUGGACACCCACAGAGUAAUUCUAACGUAUUUUGCUGUCUCCGGUUUGGAUCUCUUGAACGAACUGGACAGUUUUCCCAAUAAACAAGCCACAAUUGAGUGGCUUUACUCAUUACAAGUUUUUGAUGAUUCAGAGCUUGUGAGCGGGUUUCAAGGCUCUUCAACUCUCAACACUGAGCUAAAUCAAGGCCAGAACGCUUUGUACAAGUGGGGCCAUAUUGCUACCACUUACUCGGCGUUGGCCACUUUAGUUAUCUUAAAAGAUGAUUUAGAGAGAGUUCACAGAAAGUCAAUAAUCAAAAGUUUGCGCUCUUUGCAACUACCCAAUGGCUGUUUUAUGGGGGCCAAAGACGGAACUGAGCACGACAUGCGCUUUGUUUUUUGCGCCGCUUGCAUUUGCUACAUUUUGGACGAUUUUUCCGGAAUGGACAUUGACAGGACCGUUGAUUUCAUUCUCAAAAGCAUAUCAUACGACUUCGGCAUCGCACAAGGCCCCCAACUGGAAUCGCACAGCGGCUCAACUUUUUGUGCCGUAGCCACCCUCGCCUUAACCAAGCAAUUGCACAGACUAUCUCCCCCCCAGCUGGAGGGCCUGAAACGUUGGUUACUAAACCGUUUCGAGAACGGUUUCACCGGCCGCCCCAACAAGCCCUCGGACACGUGCUACUCCUUCUGGACAGGAGGGGCCCUCAAAAUUUUGAACGCAUAUCAAUUCAUUGAAGAGAAGGACAACGACCAGUUCAUUUUAGUAACGCAGGACCGUAACGGGGGCUUUUCAAAAUGGGUCAACACGGCCCCCGACGCCAUGCACACGUAUCUGGGCCUCGCAGGCCUGAGUUUUAUGAAUGAGACUGGAAUAAGCAGCGUUUUCCCCGAUUUGAACAUGUCGACACGAGCGCACGAACAUUUGUUAAGUUUGCAUAGGAAAUGGAGGGGCUGUUGAGACUUAUACAAUACGAUUUUUACAAAUAAAUAUUUACAUUA